GUCGCUCGCACCACAACCACUGAGCUACAUCAUCUCCGACGUUAGGACCGCGUCGCGGUUCUAGGCCCCGCCCGCAAAUCUCCUCUCCUUCAUCUUUAGUUAGCCUGGGCGGGCGUCGUCGUCAUUGGAAAGAGAUUGCAAUGCGGAUCAUCGAAUGAUAAUUAUAUUCUGUUCUUAUCGCUCGCUGCAACCAGGGGGCGGGGUGGAAGGGAACGGAAGAAAAACACGAAGGAGGAAGGGAGCUGUUGCUUCUUCGCGGUGAUUAUUUCCCCCUUUUUGCCUUUUUGUUGCAUUCUGCGAUUCCGUGGAGGUUGUUCUCUCGUUUAGGCGAGGAGAGCGUCUGUCGGAGUGCGCGGGGUGGAAGUAUUGGUGGCGCGGUGUGAUUCCGGGUGGACGACGUCGUGGAGUUUUGGAAAUUUAGGGGUUUAGGAUUGCGCAAUUCGAAGCUGUCUGCGGGGUUUUGUUAUUUUUUGGAGUGUAUAGGAUUGAGUAGGGCGUAGUGGAAGUGGCAAUGUGCUCUAUUCAAUGUACACCGCACCUGCUGGGCGGUGGCAGGUGCAGUGUUGCGGUGAGCAGUCAGGCGAGUGGGGCGGAUUUUUACAGAGUGAAAUUAUUUCUGCUGUGCGGUGGUCGCGGUGGAGUACGGGAAAAAUGCGGCGCGGAGCAUUUUAGGUCCAGACGGCGAGUUUCUGUUAAAGCUUCUGCGGAUAGAGCGUCAUGGAUUGGUAGGGCUCAGCCGUUGAGCAGGAAGAAGCUUGGCAUAUGUGCUGGCAGCCGAAGCUCGGGCGGCCAGCUCAGCGAUGAAAAUUUCGAAGAGCGAGCGCAGAAUAGCGCGGCAGUUAUUGGAGAAGGCGAUGACGUCGCAGGAACGAGAAAGGAUGACAGUGAGGUAGGCGUAUCAGAGGCGUCAAAAAAGUUCAGUAAUUUGAAGGAAUAUGGCCAAAAGAGUCAGAAUGAUAGAAGUUCUAGUGAGCAGAGUAGCUCGCAGGUGCAGGUGGAAGGUUUUGAUCGGUCGGUGGAGGCAGGAGGUGUUUCUGGUCAGGUUGAGGUGCAGAAUGGGCCGAGUCAAGGACAUGAUUCGGGUGAGGCUCGCAUGCCGGCUCCCUGGAACAUUGGUGCUCUGCUGGCAAUAGUAUGGGAUAGAGUCAUGCGCAACUCGCUGGUAGCUUUUAUUACGAGCUGGCCGGCAUGGCAGAAGAGAAGGAAGCUGGAGCGUUUACUAACAGAAGCCGACGAAAAUCCACAAGAUGCUGAUAAGCAGGCUGCUUUGCUCAGAGAGUUGUUGAAGCAAAGGCCACAAGCUGUAUUGGAAAGAUUUGAGAAAAGGGAGUAUGCAGUAGAUGGAAAAGCCGUAGUCGAAUACUUGCGCGCUCUUGUGGCCACCGAUGCCAUUGCUGGUUAUAUCCCAGACGAGAGCAAAGGCAGAUCUUCUGAACUUUCUCGUUUGCUUCAAAGCUUGAUGCAGCGAGUGGAAGGCAACUCCGACAAACUGUUGGCUCCACCUGGAUUGACGGAGCAGCAACCCUUACACGUUGUUAUGGUUGAAUCGAAAGCCAACAACAAGUCUAUGCGAUUCGUUCAAGAACUUAUUUCGACAGUAUUGUUUAUGAUAAUCUUCAGUGUCAUGUGGGUUGUAGGCGCUGCAGCAAUUCGCAAGUAUGUGAAUGGCGUGGCCGGUGUAGGUUCAACUUCCGGCAUCAGCGGCAGCAACUUAUAUUCACCAAAGGAGUUUAAUAAAGAGAAUGUUCCAGAGAAGAACGUGAAAACUUUCAACGAUGUGAAAGGCUGUGAUGAAGCCAAGGAGGAAUUGGAGGAGAUUGUGGAGUAUCUGAAAAACCCUGCCAAAUUUACUCGUCUUGGUGGCAAGUUGCCUAAGGGUGUUCUUCUGACUGGUCCACCUGGCACUGGAAAGACUCUGCUGGCCAAGGCCAUUGCUGGAGAAGCCGGGGUUCCAUUCUUCUACCGCGCAGGGUCUGAGUUUGAGGAAAUGUUCGUAGGUGUUGGUGCUCGUAGAGUGCGUUCCUUAUUCCAAGCAGCUAAGAAAAAGGCUCCUUGCAUCGUCUUUAUUGAUGAAAUUGAUGCUGUUGGGGGCAGCCGCAAGCAAUGGGAAGGCCAUACGAAAAAAACUCUGAAUCAGUUGCUGGUAGAGAUGGACGGUUUUGAUGCCAAUGAGGGCAUCAUUGUGCUAGCAGCUACAAAUCUCCCCGAGACUCUUGACCCAGCUCUGACACGACCUGGUAGAUUUGAUAGACAUGUGGUUGUGAGUAAUCCAGAUUCCAAAGGGAGAAAAGAGAUCCUCAAUCUUUAUUUGCAAGAUAAACCCUUGGCAGAUGACGUCGAUGUUCAAAUGCUAGCCCGAGGGACACCUGGCUUCAGUGGGGCAGAUCUUGCGAAUAUGGUUAAUAUGGCAGCAGUUAAGGCUGCUGUGGACGGUAUUGACAAGAUCACUAACAAACAAUUAGAAUUUGCCAAAGACAAACUUCUAAUGGGCACUGAACGCAAGUCCAUGGCUUUGACUGAAGAGUCUCGUAAGUUGACAGCAUAUCAUGAGUCUGGGCAUGCUGUAGUUGCCUUUAAUACCCAAGGUGCCAACCCUAUUCACAAAGCCACUAUUACUCCUCGAGGGGUGUCGCUAGGAAUGGUUACUCAGCUUCCUGAUAAGGACGAAACCUCAGUCAGUAAGAAGCAGAUGCUUGCGCGAUUAGAUGUUUGCAUGGGCGGUCGGGUUGCUGAGGAGAUGGUCUUUGGGCCUGAUCAAGUUACUAGCGGGGCUCGGAGUGAUUUGCAGCAGGCGACUGCCCUUGCUCGUCACAUGGUGACCGAGUGUGGUAUGAGUGAUGCAGUAGGUCCCGUAUUUAUUGAUUCAAAACUUAGUGGCGAUUUUCAGAAAAGUAUCGAUGCUGAGGUUGUGCGACUACUCAAAGAAGCUUAUGAACGUGUUAAGAAGUUAUUAAAACUGCGUGAAGCAGAUCUGCAUAAGCUGGCGAAAGCUCUGCUUGAAAAUGAAACCCUUGAUGCAAAAGAAAUCAAGGAAAUCCUCAGUCCACUUCAGCUUGUUGAAGAUUUGGAUACUUCAAGACAAUUGGACACUGUGCCCUCUGUACGACCACUAUAAACUGUAGAGUGUUUUCAGCCUUAUCAUAAUUGACAUAAUUUUCCUACAUCAGUGGUUAUUUCACUCUUUCACUACCGAGUGGCUGGGAGUAAGGUUACUCGUACUUCACCUGAUCUGCUGCUAUGGUGUCUAGAAGGAUAAUUGCUGAAACCAUUGCCGGUAUAUAUAGAGAGUAUGUUUGUAUACCGAGUUAGCAGUCUCUCUUCCACCAACAAGAAAGGAUAUUUUUUAUAUUGUCUAUCUGACUUACGUAUACGAAAUCAAAGGAUUGUGGAAUCGACGCUUGCCCCUGUUUCUAGCGAAUUUUGCUUUGAUAACUGAGCUGCAUAAAAUGUGCAAUUGUAUUGGUCGGCAGUAA